ACGCAAAACCUCUCUCUCUCUGUAAUCUCUCUCCUCAUCUCUUCCGCGCCAAGCCCUCUUUCUUUCCAUUUUUCUCAAUCGAAAGAAAGCGCUCUUCAUCUGCCCUAAUUUCUUCUUCUACGAUUUCGAUUUCGAUUUCUCACGCUGCGAAUUCUCGGAAAUGGGUGAAGGGCUCUGUCUGAAAUUGCCUGAGUGAACGAGGAAGGUUGCCAUUGAUCCUGUGUACUGAAAAAAAGGAGUUCCUCAUGGCUUCAACCAGAAAGUCUAGAAUGGUGAAUAAGCGGUUUUCUAAAGUUAAUGAAGAGUCUCCUGAUAAAGAUGGUGGUAAUUCAAACAAAAGUAGGCCACGGAAGAGGAAGUUGUCUGUCAUGCUAGGGUCCCAAUGGAGCAAGGAAGAACUUGAGCGUUUUUAUGAUGCGUACCGCAAGUAUGGGAAGGACUGGAAGAAGGUGGCUAGUGUGAUACGCAACAGAUCUGCAGAUAUGGUGGAGGCGCUUUACAAUAUGAAUAGGGCUUACUUAUCACUUCCAGAAGGCACGGCAUCCGUGGCUGGACUAAUAGCAAUGAUGACUGAUCACUACAAUUUGCUGGAAGGGAGUGAUAGUGAAAGAGAAAGCAAUGAUGGAGUAGGAGCAUCUCGUAAGCCCCAAAAGCGUGGUCGGGGAAAAUUCAAAGCCAACAGCUCGAAAGGAUCAGAUGGACCUUUUCCAGACUUGUUACAACACCAGUCAAUUGCAUCAAGUUAUGGGUGCCUAUCUUUAUUAAAGAAGAAGCGUUCUGGAGGUACCCGACCUCAUGCUGUGGGAAAAAGAACUCCCCGCGUCCCAGUUUCUUACCUUCAUGAUAAGGAUGGCAGAGGAAAUAUUGUUUCCCCAAACAAACAAGGUCUGGAAUCAGCAGUAGAUGCUGAUGAUGAUGAAGUUGCCUGUGUCGCAGCAGCAGCAUUAGCAUUGGCAGGGGCUUCACAAAGAGGAGGCUCGCCGCAGGUAUCUCAUACACCAAGCAGAAGAACAGAGCACAUGAGAGCCUCACCUAUUCGGAGUGGUGAAAGGAAGCAAGCCGAGUCAGAGAUUGCCAGCACCAAGGCCACAGAUGAAGACUGUCUUGAGGGUAGUUUAGGGAGCAGGGAAGCUGAAAAUGGAGAUUUUGCCAAAGAUACAGAAAGCGCUGGUGCAGUGGGAAAUAAAAGGAAGGGAAAGAAGUUUCAAGGAAAGAAACGAAAAGCCCAAGGGAUUGAAAACAAUCAUUUUGAUGAUGUCAGGGAAGCAUGCAGUGGUACUGAAGAAGGGCUUGCUUUGAAAGCUGUCAAAGAUGAAGUCGAUGUGGAAGUUACAGAUGGGAAAGCUGAGGGACCAAGGAAGAGAAGCAGACAACUGUACUUUGAAGAUGAAAGCUUUGACCUAUAUGCGUUACAAACAUUGGCAGAUUUAUCUUUAAAUAUCGAUGCUGAGUCGUCAGUUCGAGUCAAGGAAGAAAAGAGAAAUGUUGAUACUGUUGAGAAGCCUAAUGUACCAGAAGCUACUUCUGCAAACCACCAAAGAGAUAGACCUAUGAUUGGGCCUAAACUGAAAGGGAAACCCUCAGUGGUUGGAGAUGACAUCAACACCACAAAGAAUGCUAAAAUAGGGAAAGAUCUGUCUGUUGAUGUUAGUGCUAAUUCUGAAGGAAAGCAGCAAUCCUUCCAGCCUACUGGUGUGAUACGGAAGAGAAAGCGGAAGUCAGCUGAAAAAGUAAGCACUACGAAAGCUGAAGUUCGUGGUGAUUCUCUUCCAAGUGAAUCUCAGAAGGCUGAGACCAUAGCUGAAGAAGGGAAGAAAUCAGUUAGUAAGGGUAAACGCGCAGGCCAAAUUUUUCCAUCACCCAAACAAGGGAAAUCAGCCAGACCGCCGGAGCGUUCUUCUUCAACUACUGAUCUGGGAAGAACAGGGACAGAUCUACCUGAAUCAACUGUUCAAGUUUCCUCUGUACAUCAAGUCAAUUUACCUACCAAGGCUAGGAGUAGGCGUAAGAUGGAUAUACAGAAAGUAUUGGCGCGCAAGGAGCCAAAGUCUGCUGAGAGUGUUGGAAAUGAUCGACCUGAUAAAUAUUCACAUUUGAUCCAUGACAAGGCAGCUGAUCUUAAGACCAAGCUUUCUCAUUGCCUGUCAUCACAAAUGCUACGUAGAUGGUGUGCGUUUGAGUGGUUCUAUAGUGCAAUUGACUACCCAUGGUUUGCUAGAAGUGAGUUUGUUGAGUACUUGAAUCAUGUCGGAUUGGGCCAUGUUCCAAGGUUGACACGUGUGGAAUGGGGUGUCAUACGGAGUUCUCUUGGCAAACCAAGGCGAUUAUCCAAGCAGUUUUUACGCGAAGAAAGGGAAAAACUCGAAGAAUAUCGUGAGAAAGUUAGAACACAUUAUGCUGAACUGCGUGCUGGUAUCAGGGAUGGGCUUCCAACAGACCUUGCUCGGCCAUUAUCAGUUGGGCAGCGGGUUAUUGCCUGUCAUCCCAAGACGAGAGAAAUUCAUGAUGGGAAUGUGCUAACUGUCGACCGUAACCGGUGCAGGGUUCAGUUUGACCGGCCUGAAUUAGGAGUUGAAUUUGUCAUGGAUAUUGACUGUAUGCCUCUAAAUCCACUGGAAAAUUUGUCCGAAGCUCUUAGAAGACAGAGUAGCAUAGUCGAUAAAUUCCGUGAGAACAAUGAUCUGAAACUAGACAGCCUACACAAGGACAUCAUCAAAUUUCCUCCGAGUGAAAAUUUGGAGAACGCUGAUGGGUUUUCUCAUGUUGCUUCACCUAAUUAUCCCAUGAACACGCUGAUGAAACAGGCUAAAGGCGACACACUUGAUGAUAUCGUACAGGCUAAAGCUACCGCAAAUGAAGUUGCUGCUGCGCAAGCGAUGUAUGGUCAACCUUCUACUUUGGAACAAAUCCAAGCAAGAGAAGCUGAUGUACAAGCUCUUUCUGAGCUGUCCCGUGCUCUUGAUAAAAAGGAAGCAUUGCUGUUAGAACUGAAGCACAUGAAUGAAGAGGUAAUGGAAAUCCUGAAAGAAGGAGAUACUAUUAAGGACGAGCAUUUCAGGAAACAGUAUGCCAUGGUACUUGUACAGCUAAGUGAUGCUAGUAACCAGGUUACUUCAGCUCUGUAUUCUUUGAGACAACGCAACACUUUCCAUGGGAACUCUCCGCCUCCAUGGUUCAGCAGGCCCAUGGUGAAUUCGGGAGGACCUGCUGGGCCACCGAGCUCUUUUGAUCACUCCGCUUUUCCCACUCAAGAUUCAGGAUCGCAAGUAGCAGAAAUUCUUGAGAGCUCUAGAAGGAAAGCAAGGGUGAUGGUAGAUGCAGCUAUGCAGGCCAUGUCCGCGUUAAAGGAAGGGGAAGAUGCUUUUGCAAGGAUUGGUGAGGCCAUCGAUUUGGCAAGUAAUCGGUUUUUGGGUACUGAUUUCGGUGUAUCAGUAGUGAGAUCCUUUACCCCUUCAGAUCAAGGCCAUCGCAGUUCAGCUUACCAUGAUCAAGCUACUUCAUGCACAUCAGAGCCAGUGGCAGUUCACUCGUCUGGCUUGAUGCGGAAUGGUUCUUCUAAUUGGAAUGAAGCACAGCUCCCCUUGGAGCUUAUGUCGUCCUGUGUCGCCACUCUGCUCAUGAUUCAGACAUGCACAGAGCGGCAGUAUCCCCCAGCUGAGGUGGCCCAGAUACUAGAUUCUGCUGUAAAAUACUUGCAGCCCUGCUGUAACCAGAACAGCCAAAUCUACAGAGACAUACAGCAGUGCAUAGGAAUGGUCAAGAACCAGGUGCUGGCGCUCAUCCCGACUCAGACCGCAGUUCUUCCAACAGAGCUCUCCACCAUGUAAAAAAAGAAAAGGUGACCGAGCUCUUUUUAAAUUAAUAUUUUUUUCAACCUUUUUAUUUUGGUUGUCAUUCCGUUUUUCUUCU